AUGCCAAAUCAACAGACUCCCGGAACAGUCGACGAACUCCUUCAAUUUAUUUCGGCCCACAGUGAUGGCAUCGAAAAUAUUUCUAACCAUAUUUUCCCAAUGCUUAAACAGCUACCACAACAAUUUUUUUUGCAGGGUACAGCGGAUAAUCAGGAUCCCCUUGAUCUGCUAGAUCAAACUUUUUGCAGUUUGGCAUACACAUAUUUUCUUUCCGCGCGUUGUAAUGCGGAGAGGCCAAAUGCUGCACAUUUAUUGAAUUAUGCCCUUAAUUUCUUGCAAGUAUUUGAUCCGCAACAAGUUCGAAUAGCGCCCGAUAAAUUUCUUCAAGUCGCACAAGGAUUAUGUAGGAUAGCGGCUCAAUAUGGAAACAGUGUUAUCGCCAUUAAACCACUUGUUAACGCGCUUCAGAGAUACGCUCAGUCACAAAAUCAUUUGACAAAUUUACAUCAGUAUCUCAUUAAGGAAUGUUUGUUAUCUAAAUGUUAUAAGCAAGCGUUGCCAAUAUUGCUAAAUGAUAUUACUGAAAUAGAGACUUCGGGAACGGGUAUCGGUUAUAUAGAUCAUCUGCUAUACCAUUACUACGGCGCGAUGGUGUACAUAGGACUAAAAAAUUAUGAAAGAGCUUUUUAUUUCCUAAAACUGGUUAUAUCUGCGCCAGCAAAUAUAACUAGUCAGAUUCAAAUUGAAGCUUACAAGAAGUUCAGUUUGGUUUCACUACUUUUGCAUGGAAAGAUUGCACCUCUCCCUAAAUAUACCGCGACUGCCGUAUUUCGUUCUAUCAAAAACCAAUGUCAAGCAUAUCAAGAUUACUCUGGUGCAUUUGAAAGUUUAAACGUAAAACGGCUACGAAAUGAGUUCAACAAAUGUGCUGAUACUUUUAGAAAGGAUAAAAAUCUUGGUCUGGCAAAACAAACGCUUGAUGCGAUUUAUCGUCGCAACAUUCAACAAUUAACUCAAACUUAUCUAACCCUAUCAUUGGCUGAUAUUGCUGAAGCAGUUGGAUUAGAAGGUCCUAAUGCUGCUAAAAUGGCAGAAAAUUAUGUUCUCCGAAUGAUCGAAUCUCGUGAAAUAUUUGCUACAAUUAGUCAUUCUCACCAAAAUGGGAUGGUAUCUUUUCACGACAAUGCAGACAUGUAUAACACUUCUUUAACCAUCACUCACCUUGAGCAACAAAUUGCUAAAGCUACUAAAGUGAGCGAACGUGUUAUUAAAACGGAUCGAGCUAUUGGGUGCAGUAAGGAAUAUCUUGCUAAAAGUCUUGCCACUGGUGGCGCAAUCCCCGGUGGACUUGGACCAGCUGAUGAUUCAGAAUUUUUAGGAGCGGGUGGAGGCUUUGAUAAUUUCAUUGAUGACGGAAAAUACUUUGGCUAA